UCUCAUUCCUCUCGAGUCUCUGGCGUCUCGCCCGCUGGACAGAGAGAGAGUCACAAUUUUCUAGAGAGAGAGACACACAAUUUUAGAGAGAGAGAGAAUUUUAGAUAGAGAGACGCAAUUUUAGAGAGAGAGAGAGAGUCACAGUUUACGUGUAUCCAACUUAGAGAAGGCCUCCAAAACCAAAUCUCUUCCACGUAUUUUGCGGAGUCCCCUUCCUUUAUUCCUCUCUCUAAGAGGAAUAAAACCCACAUCGAAUUUUAUAUAUAUAUAAACCCUUGUCGCCCUUUUUUGUUUUUUCCUGAUAUCUCAAUCACACGCGCUAUUCUUUUGUUGUAAUUGUUUUUUUGGGUUCUCCAAUGGCUCAUCCUAACUGCGACUGCAAUUCUGAUUUCCUCAUGAUAUUGACCUGAACCGAUGCAAAGCAUAUUGGCCAUCUAGAGUUUCCCUUUUAUUUUGUUGGGUCAUGUAUUAAGACUGAUUGCUUCGUGAUUGGGCGAAUGGACUGGAGAGUUUCACAAGCUAUUAGUUAAAUAAAAUGUCAGGUGAGCAGAAGGGUGCAAAUUAUUUUGGGAGAUUCAAAUGGCGACGGCAUGGCGAAUCGUCCAUGACCGAAAGAUUGCUUCAUGAUGUGCCUCCUGAGAUAGAGUUGUCUGACUAUCAGAGGCUAUCAGAUGCUGACAGUGAGAGCCCUUCUGGUCUUUUAAAUGGCGAAAGCUUGAAGGCAGAGCCCAUUGCUGAUCUUGAUCUUUUCUUUGAAAGGUUAUACAAUUAUUAUUGCGAAAAAGGACUCUGGUGCAUAAUCACAAAGUGGAUAGUGGAACUCCUGAGUGUGGGUUUUACUAUUUUUUUCUCUGGUUUCUUCUUGUUAUAUGUCGAUUGGCAUAGUUUGAGCAAGGUCAAGUGUGGCAUUGAGGCAGUGCAAUCAGGAAAGCAGCAAUGUGAUCUCUUCAAUGAAGCUCUCUUUAAGCACCCACUAGUUCCAUUUACAUUUUCAAGAGCAAUUAUUGUAGGGUAUCUGGGGAUAUCUUCUAUAUAUUGGGUCUUCUGCUUUCUGAGAUUCUUUGCACAGCUAAGGAACACACUCGAAAUUCGUGACUUCUAUUACAAAAGUCUUAAAGUUACUGACAAUGAGAUUCAAACGACACCCUGGGCUGUGAUUUUGGAUAAAGUUGUUGAACUCCAAAGCUCACAACAACUGUGUGUGGUGAAAGAUCUCUCAGCACAUGAUAUGGUCAUGAGGAUUAUGCGCAAGGAGAAUUACUUGAUUGGGAUGCUUAACAAGGGCGUGCUUGCUUUGCCAAUCCCUAGCUGGAUCCCUGGUGCUGGUCCUCUUGUAAAAUCUCAAGGAAAUGGAGGUGAUAAUUAUAUGAUACUGACAGAGAUCUUUGAGUGGAGCUUAAACUGUUGCAUCCUUCAGAGCAUGUUUGAUAGAAAUUUCACUAUUCGAAGGGAUUUUAUUAGCAACCCGGAUUCAUUAAAGAAGAGACUCAUGGUUGUCGGAUUAGGGAUAUUUCUCAUAUCUCCCUUCCUUAUUAUUUUUAUGCUGGUGAAAUUUUUUCUGAGGCAUGCUGAAGAGUUUUACAAGCAUCCUAGAACGGUAUCGACUCGAACAUGGUCUAAUUUAUCAAAAUGGAUUCUCAGAGAAUAUAAUGAGGUUGACCAUCUCUUCAAGCACCGCAUAAAUGCUGGUUUUGAACAAUCUGCCGAGUAUAUCAAACAAUUUCCUUCCCCCAUUGUCUCAUUGAUUGCUAAGUUUGUCUCAUUUGUGGCUGGUGGAUUUGCUGCAGUAUUAAUCAUAGUUGCUCUCUUGGAUGAAUCACUGCUUGAGGCUCAUGUAUAUGGUCGAAACCUGUUCUGGUUCACUGUUUUUUUUGGAAGUGUCACAGCAAUCAGUAGAUCUCUUGUGGCUGAUGAAUAUCAGGUAUUUGAUCCCGAAGGAGCAAUGUCUCUAGUUUCUCAGCAUACUCAUUAUAUGCCAAAGAAAUGGCGUGGUAAAGAAUACACUGACAAAGUGCGGGGAGAGUUUGAAGCUCUUUACCAGUACAUCAUGAAGAAGUUACUUGAGGAUAUGGUCUCAAUAUUCCUGACCCCUUACUUGCUCAUCUUCUUGGUACCCAAGUGUGUAGAUGAUAUCUUGAAGUUCAUUUCAGACUUCACUGUGGAUGUGGAAGGUGUCGGUCAUGUUUGCAGCUUUACUCUGUUUGAUUUCGAAAAACAUGGAAAUAGCAAGUAUGGUUCACCUUUCCAUGCUCCUCGGGAGUGGAGGAGCUCUCAAGGGAAAAUGGAGAAAUCGUUCUUAAGCUUCAAGAGUAGCUACCCUAGCUGGGUGCCAAGUCCGCAGGGUAACCAACUUCUAUCUACUCUCGAGGAUUUCAGGCAUCAAAUGAUUGAGACCCAAAUUCAAGCUUUGCAUUUGUCUCUUCAUGGUCGACCCUCAAUCACAUUCUCAAGAAUCCAUGGAGGAGUCCCCUGGGAGAGCAAUCUCCGUAGGUGGGCGCUACCGAUGUCAGGCUUACCUCUACCUAUGGGUCACAUGACUUCACCAUGGAUGAUGGCUAUAGAUCAGAGGGAUCACCAUUGCCUUCUUGAUUACUACUACAAGUCCAGGUCCACUUCCUCUUGUGCAAUGAAAGAACCGAAAUACACACCACCACCUGAAACUUCAGACCUUCCUAAUGAAACAAGGUUACACAUAGGGAUGCCUUAUGACCAUAUCCAUCAUGAAAUGGGGCAUAAUGAGAAGUGGGGCUUUUCAUCAGAGGAUAGGGUUGAAAGUCACAUGGCUGCUAGUACGAGCACUGCCUUCCGUGAUAGCAUGCUACGACAACAGGAGACCAGUCAGUUGGGGAUUCAUGGGGAGACCCCAUGGUGGGCACGACCAUGCCGGAAAUAUUCCGGGGCCGAAAAUAGCUUCCUUGAGCCCCUGAGCUUUGUGGACCAUGGUAUAAGCACCCAAUGCGAUAACAUAUCAGUGAGGAGUGAGGAUGAGGUGCAAAAUGUGGGAUCACCUCUUAGAAGACUGAGGGCUUAUCCAGGUUUCAGGGCACAUGAUAGCUUUCUUGAUCCCCCAAGCUUUACUGGUCGUGGUAUAAGUAACCAAUGUCAUAAUUUAUCAGCAAUGAGAGAAGAAGAGUUUCAAAAUGUGGGAUCACCUCCUAAAAUGUCAAGGAUUCAGACAGAUGUGAGGGUACACAAUUCCUUUCAUGAUUCUUCGAGCAUUUUGGAUAUGAGUAUGAGCAUUUCACAUAAUGGCUUGUUGGGGAGGAGGGGGGAAGGGGUGGAAGAUGGACAGUUGCGUUUUGGAAGCUCAAACGAGGUUGGAAGGGCUUACUAUGCCCAAGAUGAGAGAGAGAAAUUUGCGAGAUCACAUCUCCCAUAUAACAAUGUUUACAGGGAUGCAGAAUAUGAGAGGGAGAGAGAGGACGGUCCUCACUCAUUCAAGAAUGUGUACGGGAGGUCACUUGAUGAGAGAGAGAAAGAUGGGGCAUUCCAUCUUCCAUUCAAUGAUAUUUAUAGCAACCGCACUGAGGAAAGAGAAAGAAAUGAGGGAUUUCACCUUCCGUUCAAAGAUGUUUACAGAAAUCCAUUGGACAUCUCUGAGGUAAGAAGCAAAGAUUCAAUGGAGGAUGGGUUAUGCUGAUGUGUACAGGCUAUCUAUUGUUGUCUUUCUUCCUUUUCAAGCUCUUCAUUUAUCAAGUCAGAAUCAUUUAUCAAGUCAUUGAUGUUGAUGGAGGAUGGGAAAUGGGCUGGUGUUUGCAUCGCUCAUGGAUUCAAGGGAAGGUUUUAGUCCCUUGGUCCUGGGUCGAAUGCACCGAGUGGGUACUGUGUCUGAAUCCCAACUUCACUAUUCUUUUGUACAGAAGUGUCAAUGUGGAAGCCCAUGAUGAGUAUUCUAAGUUCCUUGUAAAUUCUUUUUCUUAUGGUUUUUUCUGGUGGGUGGAAGAGAUGGAAUGAUUAUUACAAAGAUACAAUACAAUGAGUCCUACGUAACUGUAAAUACAAUCAUUCUUUGCCAAUGGUAUUCCCUUUACAUGGCUCAAAAUGGAUUAUAUCACAAAAUUGGGUGAAGUUAUGAGCUUGGAUUCUGGUUUAGUUUAUGUCACCAUAAAUUUGCUCUCGUGGAGAGAAGAAAAAGGUGAUGAGAAAAAAACUCAUAUGUUAGUAAUUUAGGCUAAUGCUCUAGACAAUGGCUACCUCGAUGGUUUUUGAUAUUGGUGUAUAGAUUUUGGUUGUAUUAAGUCUUUCCCAUAUACAUGCAGUUACGUAGUGUUUGGUGCGUCA